AGAGGCCUUUUGGGCUAACUUCUGAUGUCUUGAUAUCUCGCGCUCUGGCGACUUCAGUGCAGUCUGUUCCACACCUUCACUUUAGUUGCUCGAUAAAAAAAAAGUCUUCUUCGUAUUUGUGUUUGUCUCAGGUUGAGAUCUGAACAGCCAGCCAACCAUGGGGGAAAAGGUUACUACAAUAAUGUUGCUCGAGGUUGACCUUCAGUGCCAUCGCUGCUACAAGAAGGUGAAGAGGAUUCUAUGUAAAAUCCCUCAAAUACAAGACCAGAUGUAUGACGAGAAGAAAAACUUGGUGAUGAUCAAAGUUGUAUGCUGCUCUCCCGAAAAGAUUAAGCAAAAGAUUAUCUGCAAGGGUGGUGAUUCCAUUAAGAGCAUUGAGAUCAAAGUGCCCCCGAAGCCAGCUGAUAAGCCGAAAGAACCCGAAAAGGCUAAGGAGAAACCUGCGGAUCCUCCCAAGCCAGCUGAGAAGCCGAAAGAGCCUGAGAAGCCAAAGGAGAAACCUGCGGAUCCUCCCAAGCCACCAGCUGAAAAGCCUAAAGAACCGGCACCGGCACCCAAUCCUCCCGUCGUCGUGCCGUGUUAUCCAGUACUACCGCCCGGUUAUCCAAUUGGGACGUGUUGUUCAUCAUGUUAUGAGGAUCGUGGCGGGGGGCCAUGCUUUAACGGUCAUGGUCAUGAGGGCUAUGGAAGGCCGGUAUAUGAUAGUUAUGGUGGAGGUUAUUACAGGCCAACCGGCCACGUCCCUUGUGACUAUUUCAAUGAAGAAAACACAUCGGGAUGCACAAUCAUGUAAAUGGGAGUGAACGCCGCACAUAUAUGGCCGUGAUCAUAAUUAUUAGCCUUUCUUUUUGCAUCUGUCAUGGGUGCGCGCAUAUGUUUUUCUUUGCUUGUUCAGAAGGAAAGAGAUAAAGAAGAUAAAGUAAUAAGAUUGGUGGGAUGAUUUAAUGUCGGUUGACAAUUCGCUGUUGAUUUUCGUAGUAAUUGCUGUUAUGAGUUGAAACGACUACUUUUAAAUCAUGAAAUUAGUGGUUUAUCUAUGAAAUUUUUACUUUCUGUA